GCGGAACUCAACUUUCCAUGCUUCCAGGUUCAACUCAAACCUCCAACUUCUUUGCAAUUGAGGCUCGCCCCGGCAAUCCUGCCAUUCUUGACAUCGCAACCCCGCCAACUGCUAACAUACUUUAUCACCGGAUACACAGCGCCGACAUCUGAGACACCAUGGCGGCUGAGCAGAGAAAGCUGCUCGAGCAGCUCAUGGGCGGCGGCAUGGCGGCGCGCAGCGCCCAGCUGCCGCUCACCGACCCCAAAGUCUGCCGGUCCUACCUGGUCGGCACCUGCCCGCACGACCUCUUCACCAACACGAAGGCCGACCUGGGCGCGUGCCCGCGCGUGCACUCGGAGGCGCUCAAGGCCGAGUACGAGGCGCUGCCGGAGGCGGAGAAGAAGAAGUACGGGUUCGAGUACGACUACAUGCGGGACCUGCAGGGGCGGAUCGAGGCGUGCAACCGCAACAUCGAGACGCUGCAGCGGCGGCUGGAGAAGACGCCGGACGAGGUGCGGCAGACCAACGCGCUGCUCAAGGCCAUCUCGGACCUGGGCGCGACGGUCGCCAACGGCCUGCUCGAGGUCGAGAUCCUGGCCGAGACGGGCGACGUCGCCCGCGCGUACGACGAGUACUACAAGGUGCGCCACGCGCAGGCGGCCAAGGCCGAGCGCGAGCGCGAGCUCAAGGCGCUCUCCGAGACCUCGGGCCCGUCGGGCCACCAGAAGCUGCAGGUCUGCGACGUCUGCGGCGCCUACCUGAGCCGCCUCGACAACGACCGCCGCCUGGCCGACCACUUCUUCGGCAAGAUGCACCUGGGCUUCGCCCAGAUGCGCAAGGCCUACGACGCCUUCCCCACGGAGAUGCGCGGCCGCCAGCGCCCGCCCAUGCCCAUGGAUGAGGAUAUGGGCGGCGCGCCGGCCGGUCCCGGCGGCGGGUACGGCGAUGGCGGGUGGGGUAAGGGGGGCCCCCGAGGGCCGAGGAGCGGAGGUGGCUAUCGCUCGCGGGGACCCAGGCGUGGGUGGUAGCUUUUAUGUCAGAUUGACGCGGAAUUGCAUAGGCCGGGCGUUCGGCGUUUAUCUGUUUGUCUGGGAAAAAAAAAAAAAAAGGGAAAGCUCACGGGGUUGCGGGUUGCUGUUUAGCAGGCGGACUAGGUAGACGUGUACAUCUCCAAGGGCUCUGGUUAUCAAACUGUCUGCAACUCUAUCCUGAUCCAAUUCGCUGGUAUCUAUUUCUUCGCGCUCGUCAUCGUUGG